GAUCGCCCCCGACGACCACCGGUACAGCAGCCAGGUUGAACCCGCUAAGCUUGCCCACCUAGCGCCUCGCAUGCGGGAUGUCUUGGACGUUGCGUGGGCCUGGAGGCUCAAGAACGGCUUCCCCGCCGAGGGUUUCUACAGCGAUCCGUCGCAGGACAUCCGGCGAAUGCCGUGGUCGAGUGACAUAAAAACUUUCACGAGGUCGUCGACCAUAUGGGACUUCCACAACGCACGCUUUCUGAAAAAGUAUGACAAGCUGUUGCUGCACGGGUAUCCCGUGAACGAGAUGGACUUCCUGGGCUUCGACACAGGCGUGAACACAUGGGCUGGUGAAGGUAUGUUCCUGCCUUCAAUCGGGUCGGUUCUCCUCGGAUAUUUUCUGAACCCCCGCGCUCCGUGGUGGAAGGAGGGGCCUGUCCAGGGCACGGGCGCGGGCGAAACCGCCGCGUAGCCCUUCGG